ACCGUGCUGGGUGGUCCUGUCAGCCCGCAGAAGCGGCAUAGUUUCUUACGAUGUUUUUCUUUAUUUUUUCCUAAUUUGUGAACUUUGUGAGUUUCUCUAUCAUGAUUUCUUAUUGUUUUAUGAGGAUCACCUUUGUUUUCCUUUUCUUGGAAUGCACCUACGCCAAUUACCAAGCACAACAGGGAGCCUCCCUCAGCAAUGGUGGUGGAUUUCUGCCGGAUGGGCCACUGGUUGAGAGCAUCAAUGGCACGGUCAACUUCCGAAUCCACCGCAGGCGCGGGAAGGAUGAGAAGACGUGGUUUGAGGGCUGGGAGAUGAAGCACUUGUACUGCGGAAGGCAGUCCAAAUGCGAGAGAUUGAAGGAGACAAAGUGCCUGGGCGCUAGAUUGCCCUACAACUUCACGAGCUUGGACUUGUCAGACAGCUACAGUCAGGAGUACACGCUGGACCGACUGCAGAGUUAUCAGGCGCUGAAGUACGUCCCAAAGUGUUGGGCAGUCAUUCAGCCUUUCCUCUGUUCUGUCUUUCUGCCCAAGUGUGAGACCAUCCGAGGCCAAGAUUAUGUUUACUUGCCAAGUCUUGAGAUGUGUAGAAUGACUGUGGAACCGUGUCGAGCGCUGUACAACACGAGUUACUUCCCGGACUUCCUCAAAUGCAACGAAUCAGUUUAUCCGUCCAAGUGUAACAAUGACGUCCGGGAGAUUAAGUACAAUGUCACUGGACAGUGCCUUAAACCUCUGAUUCCUGCUGAUACAUCAGCCAACUACUUCGGGAAUAUUGACGGAUGUGGACUGGAGUGCAAGGAUCCGCUGUACACAGAUGAUGAGCACAAGCAAAUCCACAAAUUUAUAGCAUAUGGAGCGAGCAUUUGCCUGGUGGCGAAUCUCUUUGCUAUUGUCACUUUUAUAAUUGACUGGAAGAACGUCAAGUAUCCAGCCCUGACCAUCUUUUACAUGAACAUCUCCUACAUGAUGACGUGCUUCGGAUGGCUCGCUCAGUUCACCCUGAGUGGCUGGGAGGAGAUAGUUUGCCGGAAGGAUGGUACUUUGAGGCACUCAGAACCAAGCACUGGUGAAAAUCUCUCCUGCAUCGUUGUCUUUGUGCUUAUUUACUACUUCCUGAUAGCUUCGAUGGUGUGGUUUGUGAUCUACUUGUAUGGCUGGCACAUGACUUUCAAGGCGAUUGGGCAAAUCCACGAGAAUAUCGACAAGAAGAGCUCGUACUUCCACCUGAUCGCCUGGUCACUGCCUCUAGUUCUCACCAUAACGAUAAUGGCACUGAGUGAAGUGGAUGGAAACAGCGUGGUGGGAAUUUGCUUCGUGGGAUACGUGAAUCAUCAUAUGAGAGCGCUUCUCAUUGGCCCUAUCCUGGCUGUUCUGAUCAUUGGGGUAUAUUUCGUGAGUGGCGGAAUGCUGGUGCUCGUGAAGCUGAAACUUGAGUCAACGGAGGAGAUCAUCUCAGCCAGAGCUGGCAAGAAGAUAAGGGAAUUUAUCGUGAGGAUGGGACUUUGUAUGCUCUUCACGAUGAUUAUCAUUCUGGCCACAAUUGCGUGCCAUAUUUAUGAGUUUAGAAACUCAGGAGAGUGGAUUGCGAGUCUCAGGAACUUCAUCAUGUGUAAAAUAACAACUUCUCACCAUGAGGAUUACCUGAGGAACUGCAAAAUGGAGUCCAGGCCGAGUGUGGCGAUUCUCCAGAUUCAUCUCCUCUGUCUCUUCGCGGCGGGGCUCAUGAUGUCCUCCUGGGUGUGGACUUGUCCGACAGUGAAGAUUUGGAAGCGAUAUUUGAACAGGAAGCUUGGCCAUGAGGUGGACGAGCCGAUGCGAGUGCAGAAGCAUAAAGUGAUAGCGCAGACAUUCGCCAAGAAGAAGGUGCUGGACGAGGAGGGACGUUGCAGCAUUAGCUUCAGGAACACGCACACUGAUCCUGUGGGAUUGAAUUUCAAUUUGAACUCAGGAAGUCAGGAUUUCAGCACAACAUGGGCGCGUUAUUUGCCGCAUUUUGUGAAUCGAAGAGGAGCUUAUUUCGAAUCGGUGACUUCGUCGAGCCACGAGCCGAGGAGGAGUUCAAGGGACUCGGAGAUCAGCUUCCAUGUUCGCCAUGUGUCUGUGGAAUCGAGGAGGAACUCGGAAGAUUCGCAGGUGGCGGUGAAGAUUGCUGAGAUGAAGACAAAGGUGGCCAGCAGAAGUCGUGGGAAGAAGUCGAAGAAGAUGAGGAAGCAGGAGUACGCAGCGACUAAGACAAGCAAGGGAUACAAAACUAAGAGAAGGAGUGCUUCUGCAGGAUUGAAUUCCAAUGACUUCAGUUCUCUCUUGAGCAAUGAGAGAGUUUUGCUGCCGGUGCUGCACAAUCAAAAGAUUCCUUAUGACGAGGAAAACGCUUCCACGGCGUCUUUCCACAUGAAGGACUCUCAAAUAGACAUGAUUUUGAAGGCAGUUGGCGGCCAAGACAACACUAGUGAUGAUGAGAGCAACGAUUUUACCAUGCACGACAACAGUGCAAACAUGAAGGAAUACAACACAUCGGAUGAUGAGCAAAUGGCCGUGAAACACAACGAUGAGGACGAUUUGUGCGACAUUCAGGGCAGUAUUAGAGGCGAUCGGAAGAAGGAUGGGAAGACGUAUUCCUUCUCAUCACCAGAUUCUGAGACGUCUACUUCGUAUAUGCGAGGAAAUAGCAAUUCCCGCAAUAGCAAGAGAAGCUGCGACGUGGGAAUUCAAGCUAACGCUCAUGAGAUCACGACUCAGUUGAAUUUGGCCGAAAGUGGGGACAAGGAGAAUCCCACGAAUGGCAAGAAGUGGCCAAUGGAGAAGGACUCAGUACUGAGCCAGACUGAUAAACUUAAACUCUUACUUUUACCAUCCAAAUAAUCUCUUUUUUCGAGUUCAUUUUGCAUAGGAUUAGAAUUUACCGAAUACUCUUGUACUGAAAUGUAUUAUAAUACAAAUAAAUAGAUUUUUUAUCAAUCUGAAUUUAGUGAAAAUAACUGGAGAAAAUACAGUCAAAAUCAUCUCGGUAAAGUUUGUCUUCUAAUUGAUAAUGAAACUCUUCUUGUCUCUUCAGCGCCGCGGACCUCAGAGAUCUGUUGACGUGAUCGUGUCGGCUGCAUUCAUUCUCACGCUC